CACUUAUACUGUCAUUUUGAUUCAAUUGUCGUCUGUGAAGAAUUAUUGAUUCAUUUACCAAAAUAUUUAAUAACAUUGGCAUUAUUAAAAAAUUACGUAGAUUAACUGUUAUUGCGUUGCCUUAUUGGUGUUUAUAGUUAGAGUUUAACAAUAAUGAAUUUGGAGACCAAUAGAUUGAACACCUUCACGAAUUGGCCUGCUUCGGCUCCCGUGGAUCCAAUAAGAAUAGCGAAGGCUGGUUUUUUCUACACAGGCCAAGGAACAGAGGUGGAGUGUUUCAGCUGUGGGCGUAAAAUAUCGGAGUGGAACUACGGUGAUCAGGUCAUGUGGCGACACAGAACGUUGGAUCCAAAUUGUGCGUUUGUCGUUAGUCCGACGCAGUCUGGUAACGUUCCACUAGUGUUGGGUGGAGAGUGCACCGCGCCGUCUGGACAGAGGCGUACUACGGAAGUGCAACAAGACUUCGACACUCAGGAUUAUGGUCUGAACGGAGAGGAUGAUAUGUAUAAGAGUGAUGCGCUCCGGUUGUUGUCGUUCGUCAAUUGGGAUGAUAACUCAGUGUCUCGGCAAGAGCUGGUAAACGCAGGAUUCUAUCAUGCCGGUGGGGGUAGACUCCGCUGCGCCUGGUGCGGUGGAGAGUUAGCUCCAUUCAGAAGUUUAGGAUCUCUUGGUCCACCUCUAGAAGUACAUAGAAUGUACUUUCCCCGUUGUACGCACGCAGCAUUUUUGGAAUUGGAACGUAGAAAUAAUGAGCUAGCCUCCCCUAUGUCAUCGCCUUCAUACACGCCACCCUUGCAAUCGCCUCCAACUACCACAACCAGUAAACCUAAGUCUUCUGGUGCUGAACACAACGCCCGAGUGGUAGAAGCCGGUGGGGACUGGCGUUCGCUGGGAGUGGUGGGGGGUGGCGCAAGGCACCCCACUAGGGCCGCUCUAGCUGCGCGACUGGCGACCUUCGAGCGCUGGCCCGCAGACCGCGCGCAGGCACCUCGGACCUUAGCUGAUGCUGGCUUCUUUUAUACGGGUAUUGAUGAUCAGGUGCGCUGUUUCUAUUGCGACGGCGGGCUGGGCAAGUGGGAGGCGGGCGACGCACCGUGGUCGGAGCACGCGCACUGGUUCCCGCACUGCGGGUACGUGCUGCUCGUCAAGGGGCAGGAGUUCGUCGACUCGUGCCAAAACCGCACCUCCGUACAGCGCACGUUCUCAGCCGACAGAGGGCUCACUUCAAGAACUCGAAAUCCAGGCGUGAAUUAUACCACAACUGAAAGUCAGGUGGACGAAUGUAUGGAAAGUAAUACUGCGCUGGCUGCGCUAGGCGCCGGGCUGGACGCCGCCAGAGUGCGCAGGGCUAUUGUUAGAAGGUUGCGAGCUACUGGUGUCCCGUUCAGUUCGUCGGAGGCUCUGAUCGACGCGGUGCUGGACGAGCAGCUCAACGAAGAGGCGUGGUCGGUGUCGCCGCACAGCCAGCGCCUGGCGCGGGACAUCCUCGCUGAGACCUUGCGGGACUUCGCGCCGCGCUCCGGGACAAUCCCCGCAAACUCAGACAGGGAGAGACCAGAGAGCCAAUCCUCUCAAACUGACAGUCCAACGCCUUCGCCAGUGCCGACCAACGUCCCGCAAACUACCAACGGCCCGUUGGACACCUCCAGCCAACCUGCCAGUCGAGCCAACCAUGCCAACCAUGCCAGCCCUGAACCUCAGUCGAGUCCUGUGAAAACUGUGAAUACCAAGGUUACAUUGGAAGAAGAAAACAGACAGUUGAAGGAAGCGAGAUUGUGCAAAGUGUGUAUGGAUAAUGAGGUGAGCGUGGUAUUCUUACCCUGCGGACACCUGGUGUCGUGCGCGGGUUGCGGCGCGGCGCUGGGCGCGUGUCCACUGUGCCGCGCGCCCGUCAAGGCGCUCGUGCGCGCCUACCUCGCCUGACCGGCCCUCCCCGCUGUGAGACAGAGUUGCAAGAUUUGGAGGAAGGAAUUGAAUAAUCGUAGCCUAUUCGUAACAUGUCCAGUGAUGUGUAGUUAAUUCAUAUAUUGUUAGCUAAUUAAUAUACAAUAAUGAUCUGAUUUACUGAUACGGCAAUCAAUGCAAUAAUAACAGCAAUACUUUUAUGUCGAUUUAGAUAUACAUACAUGUAUUGAUCAAUUUUACCAAAUUAGGAAAAUCAUGUCCAAAUACGACUAAAUGAAUUGAUGCUAUACAUUCCUGUAGCUAUAUUUAAAGACACUGCUGUGUAAUUUACGCUAACGACCCAAGAGCCCUCACACGCUAGCGGGGAAAAUAUAUACUCAAAGGCAUAAUUAUCCGUCCACUUUAAUAUGCUCGCGUCAUAUUAAAGGGGGCGGAUAAUUAUGCCUCUGAGUGUAUAUUGGCAAAUGGCAACGCUGGGCGAAUUCGUUGAUCGAUCAUUGACAGGCAAGCGAGUUGUCGCCAAUACCUCUCUUAUGAAUAUAAGAUAAAUAGUAGAUGGUAACUAUAGUCUGGCUAGUUCGUUAACGAAACUCCCAUGAUAUGCGGGCGACGGGGGAAAGACUGCGCGGGUGUGAAAUACUGCGCGUGGGUAUAAACUCGUGCGCGCGGGGCAUAGCUACCCCCCUCCCGGCCUGCGCGGACCAUCGGCUGUGUUACGAACGAAUUUGCCAAGCUAUAGCCACGGCCGCACCCUACCACUAGAUUAAACCAAUUUAAACAAUUUUAAACACAUAAUUGACUCGUGCAAAUACACAAAUAAUUAUUAAUCUUAUUAACUAUUUUGAUAAUAAUUAGAAGCAUUUUAAUUGUUAACAUGUUAACUAUUUGUAUUAGGUACAAGAAUUAUCUUUUAGAUAAUAUAUAAAUCAUUGCUAUGCUUUGCGAUGAGCUUUGUUUUCUUUUUUUUUUUUAAUGAGUGCAAAACAUCGCAUUCUUACUUAAAUUUUGUUUUUUUUAAAUAAUAAGCUAAAUGUUAAUAUUUUUUUAAUCGCUUAAACUUAAUUGUGAUGAGUGCAUUAGUUAAUGAAAUUAUAAAAAAAAAUUGUUGAAAAAAGAACGCGAAUCAAAAACACAUAUAACUAUAAAAUUUAUUAAUAAAAAUUAAUGUUUGAAAUAAAGCGAAAUAAUCCAAACAGUAUCUAUAUUUUAUUUUAAGGUUUGUAAACUAUAUUUAUGUUAAGUUAAUACUCUGUCAGAUUAGGUAUUUGGAUGUAUUUAAUAUUUUUUUAACAUACAUAGUGUUAAGAGUGUGCAAUAUGUAAUUUGGUGGUUACAAAUGGUUCUGUAUCUCAGAUUCUGAAAAAGUUAGGAGCCUGAUAUUUGGGCAAAUGAUAUUUCAAAGUGUUAGCUUCGUUAUGACUAAACAAAAUACACAAUUUGUAAAACUUUUCUCGAUAGUUUUUUUGAAAAAUACAUGUUUUGCUUACAUUUUGCUUUCAAUCUCAGGAAAAGCAAACUUAUUUUCUUAAAUUUUUGUUUUGUAUAGAAAAUUAGGUAUAUAUCUUGAACAUGGCCAUUUUGUUUUUCGUUGUUGUUUAAUUUACUUGUAAUUAGGUAAAAAUGGUUUUGGCGCUCACGUCAUAAAAUUUGCGUCGCGCGUCAAUCGCUCCGUGCUUUUCACUCACGUGAAAGUCAUAAUUCGGCGUCUCGUUUGCGCUUCGAAUUUUAUCCAUAUCGUACCGACGCGCUGCGCGCUCUUAAAAAUUCCAUCGAUCUUGUAUACUCGGAUACAAUCUUUAUGAGAUCUCGCAAAUCAGCUGCGGUAGUCGCUAGGCGCAGGUUGUUGCCUCCUACUAGGGUUUUUAAUGUUUUUAUUUUUUUUUUAAUAUCCUCCUACGUUACCGCUGACACCUAAAAUCUUUCAAUGUGUAGCUUAACGCCCGAUGCUCCGAAACGUCAUAUGGGCUAUCCAACACUGAAAGAACUUUUCAAAUCGGACCAGUAGUUCCUGAGAUUAGCGCGUUCAAACAAACAAACUCUUCAGCUUUAUAAUAUUAGUAUAGAUUUAAACAACGAUCUAAUCCGACAGUGUAUUAAUGUUUAUUUAUUUAUAAAGUAGUUUGUAUUAAUAGAUUAUGAAUCUCUGAAACUCGGGAACCACUCUUAGUUCGCAGUAUGGAUCGUGCCGUGUUGCAAGAACCAGCUUAUGACUAAGGGUCCCGUAUGGGUUCAAAACUAGUCGGCAUACUCCGACCUAAUAUCACGUGAGUUUUAGCCGUGUUUCAUAAUCUAUUAAUAUGAAUAACACUCAGGAUAGUUUAAAUUCUAAAAAAAGUAGUUUGUAAUUUAUUUUUAAUAAAAAAAAAGUGAAAGUUUAGUUCAAAGUUAGGAGAAAAAUGUUAUUAGAUUUAGAUUGAAUUAAAAAAAUAUUAAAAUUAAAAUAAAUAAUAUUAUUUAAUGAAAUUAGAUACAUUACUCGUAUAAUACAGAUGAUCUGGGUUAUUCGAUGUCUUUCUAAGUUUAUAUUGAUGAAUUAAUCAAUCGAUCUUAGAAUGUUUUACAUUGCAAUUUCAUUGUGAUAGAAAAAUAUAUUUUGCACCAUAAUUAUGGAAAACCAUUAAAUGUCAUAAGAGUUCGGUGGUUGUUCAUUUACUGAAAGCAACCCAGUUACCGAAUAGCAAACAGAGUGCUGGGGAGUAUUUUACAUAACUUCAAGGUGUUGACGAGUUGAGAGAAUUUUAAAGGAGUCACAUUUGUGUGUAUAUUUAUUAUUGUGUGUUUGUUUGUGUUACAUUUUAUCGAUAAAUAUUUUUUUUUUCGUUUUUGCGAUCGUCUAAAAUGAUUAUUUCGACGAGUUGACUUUAUAUAACGCUGUUUCAUUGAAAUUUUUUUGGAAGUCACUGACUUAGUACAAAUAAUUCAGUUACUAAGAUAAUUUAAUUUGCAAUAGGAUAUAGUAUAGCCAGCAUUUUAGAUAUAAUAUUGGCAUUACAUAUUUGUUAGAAUACAUUGCCACACUUAAACGCUUGGAGUUCUCUAGAUCUAUACUAAAGUCCUAAAUCCUAAUCGAUGUGUUCUGUUUACCAACAAACAAAUAGGGAUGAUGACAGUUUUUUUUAAAUUGUAUAUAAAUUAAGAGUAUGCUAAUAGUAAAGCAAUUUUGUAAAAGUAACAGGGUAUCUGCGAUCAUUACUUUCGGAGCUACAGGGAUUUAAAGGGUCAGAUUUGCGGCGAUGCCGCGGAUCCCUGUAAAACGCCCCAUACAAAAUGGUACGAAUUAAUGACGUAGGUACAUAAUGAUCGAUAGAUUUGUAUGGGCGUUCAAACAAAAUUACUAAUAUAUUUGUUAUUUGUGCGUUUAUGUUUAUAGUUCAUUUAUUAAUAAAUGUCAUAUUUAAUGUAAGGAAGCUAAAACUGUAUGAAUUAUAAUCUAAUUAAGAUUAAAGAUUUUGAUAGAUUUUGAAAUUUUAUAAUCUUAUUUUGUAAAUAUCCAGUCAAUCUUUGCUUUUUAUGUAUAAAUUAGUUAACAUUGACCUUAUUUACCCGAAUGUAUCAUAAAAAUCAAUAUAUUCAGACCUAGUCAUCAUCCCCAUUAAUAGAACUGAAGGUAGUAAAUGCAAGUAAUUUCAUAACUUAUUUAUUUUAAAUUAUGUAUUAUUAUCAUUUGUCUGUAAAAUGUUAUUUAAAAUACCUAUAUUAAGCCUGUUUUUAUUAGGUCAAAGAAAAUCAAAAUCAAAAAUCAUUUAUUUCAAGUAGGCUCAGUUUAAAAGCACUCGUCAGUUGACUAUUUGUAAAGAUUCUACCACCGGUUCGGAAGGCAGGUUCUGCUGAGAAGAUACCGGCAAGAAACUCAACAGUAAGUCCUCUUUUGAAAAAGUCAUACAGUAUUAUAAUUUACAAUUGAUAACAAUUACUGUUUACAUUUCUUAGUUUUACUUCCUGUGUGAAGGUGGAAACUGAUCCAACGGCCUCCAAGCAUCUUUGUCAUUAAGGAACUCAUCAAUGUUGUAGUAACCUCGACUAAGUAAAUGUUUUUAACACAUUGCUUAAAGCUAUGCAUUGGCAGGUCCAUCACAGUCUUGGGGAUCUUGUUAUAGAAGAGUACACCCAAACCUACAAAAGAUUUUUUUACUCUUUGGAGACGAUAUGCAGAAAUAACUAACUUAUGCCCGUGUCUAGUAAGACGUGGGUUUAAAAUGACUAGUGAUUUAUACCCUCAUUUUUAAUUUGUUUGUUGGUAAACAGUACACAUCGAAAGCAGUGGCGUGCACUUCAUAGAUGCAUAAACACAAUGCAUACCCUGAGAAUUCAUUAGGUACCUGUAUUGGAGGAGGAAUCUUCUAUUUUGUACAAUUUGUACCUAUAGUGCAUACCCUAGUUAAAAACCUUGUGUUUUACCCGCGAGGUUCCCGUUUCAGUAGGAAUACGGGAAUAAUAUUUAGCCUAUAGCCUUCCUCGAGAAAUGAGCUAUUUAACACAAAAAGAAUUUUUCAAAUCGGACCAGUAGUUCCUGAGAUUAGCACGUUCAAUCAAUCAAUCAAUCAAACAAACAAACAAACAAACAAACUCUUCAGCUUUAUAAUAUUAGUAUAGAUUAUCUGUCUGAGUGGUUGCUUAGCAACGGUUUUUGUUAAACUGGUUUUGAUGUCACGUCACCCCUUAAAAUAAUUUAACAUGUAUCUUUUAGUUAGUUUACACACACAAACGCGUUUCUGCUGUCACAUUAUCACAUACAAAGCUAACGGUCUUCAGAAAAUGGAACGUCAAAACAAUCAUUUUAUAUUCAUCUACAGUUUUAAAUAUUACGUCAUGAAGUGCUUGUAUUAGUAUAUUUCAUUAUACAUAUACAUAUUAAUAGGUAUGUCUAUGUACUAGCUGUUAUUGUAUGAGAUAUGAUAGUAAUUAAUUAGAACAUUGUAAAGUUACUAUAUUUUAUGCAUAGUGAAUAAAUGCCUCUUAUGUGAUUUGUAGAACAGUAAUUUUAGCUUAGUAUCUUUAUGGUAAUAUAUACCAGAUCAAAUAAAAUAUACCAAUUAUUAACUGA